AUGGCGCAAAACCUUCUCAACGAGGAGAAUCAUGUUCUGAAGCAAUUGAGAGAUGGUACAGCGAAAUUUGAGAUUGUUUCUUCCCCACUUCCGUCCAUUGUUUCUCCUUUUAAUCGAAACUCAAGCUUCUUCGGAGCUGGAAGUUCCAGCUCUCUCUUUUUCGCUAGAAUUGGUUCAUCCAUUGGUGGACAGUCUGCAGCACUGAAGAAACUUGAACGUUUUUCAGUUCACAAGGUUACCGGGGAUGGACGGUGUCUGUUUCGUGCACUGGUGAAAGGAAUGGCUUACAACAAAGGAGUUGCUCUUAACCAUUGCGAGGAGAGAGAAAAUGCAGAUGAAUUAAGAAUGGCAGUCAAAGAAGCUAUAUGUGAAAAUGUAGGAGAUAGAAAGUUAUAUGAAGAAGCCAUCAUUGCUGUCACAGUUGAUGAGCCUUUACAGCGUUACUGCAGGCGGAUUGUACAACCAGAUUUCUGGGGAGGAGAAUCGGAACUAUUGGUAUUAUCAAAGUUAUGUAAGCAGCCAAUUAUUGUGUACAUACCAGAGCAUGAGCAUAGAGGCGGUGGCAGGGGAUCUGGUUUCAUUCCCAUUGCAGAGUAUGGAAGUGAGUUUGUAAAGGGUUCUAGCAGAAAAGCUGUGAGGCUGUUGUUCAGCGGUAAGAACCAUUAUGACCUUCUGUUAUGA